GGUCCCGCCUAAGGGGCGGGGUUCGGCGGGGGACUCCGUCCCCAAGCACUGUCCCUCUUGGCUUCCGCCCCGGUGAGGUGUCUAUGGAGGGGCUCCUGGCCCAGCUGUGUGGCACGGACGCGGCGCGGCCGCUCCCGUUGUGGGAAGGGGACACCACGGGCCACUGCUUCACCCAGCUGGUGCUCAGCGUCCUUCCCCACGCGCUCCUCGCCGUCCUCAGUGCCUGCCACUUGGGCACCCCAAGGGCUACCAAUCACUUCCCAGCUCUCAAUCCUGGCUGGCGCCUCCGACUCGCAGCAUCCCUUCUUCUUUCCGUCUUCCCGCUGCUAGACCUCCUUCCAGUUGUUUUGCCUCCAGGGUCACAUCCAGGGCCCUUAUGGCUAGAGGUGUUGGCAGGGUGUGUGACAGCUGUGGCCUGGUUUACCCACAGCCUGGCCCUGUGGGCACUGGCUCAUUCCCCACGUGGCCGUUCCCGAGGACCCUUGGCCUUGGCUCUGGCCGCCUUCCUACCAACCCCAGCCCUGGUUCUGACUCUGUUGUGGCAUUGCCAGCGAGGGACGUUUCUGCCCCCACUGCUCCCAGGACCUCUGGGCCGUGUGUGUCUUCUCAUUCUGCAACUGACCGCAGUCUUGGCCUAUGGGUUGGGCUGGGCAGCCCCUGGGGGACCACAAGAGCCCUGGACUCAUGAGCCCUUCCUGUCCUCCGAGAGUCAAGAAAGAGAGGUAGCUGAAGAUGGCGAGAGUUGGCUGUCACGCUUUUCCUAUGCCUGGUUGGCACCCUUGCUCGCUCGCGGGGUCCGAGGAGAGCUCCAGCAGCCCCAGGACACUUGCCGCCUCCCCCGCAGGCUGCAUCCCGCCUUCCUGGCCCGAGCCUUCCAAGCGCACUGGAAGGAGGGGGCCCAACUGUGGAGGGCCCUGUACGGGGCCUUUGGAUGUUGCUACCUGGCCCUCGGACUGUUGAAGAUGGUGGGGACCAUGCUGGGAUUCUCCGGGCCUCUGCUGCUCUCCCUCCUGGUGGGCUUCCUGGAGGAAGAGCAAGAGCCUCUAAGCCACGGCCUGCUCUAUGUCCUGGGGUUGGCCAGUGGGACUGUGAUAAGUGCCGUGCUGCAGAAUCAGUAUGGGUUUGAGGUACGUAAAGUGACACUUCAGGCACGAGUGGCUGUGCUGAGCACCCUCUACCGCAAAGCCCUGAAGCUUGGGCCCAGCCGCCCUCCGACCGGGGAGGUCCUGAACCUACUAGGCACCGACUCCGAGAGGCUGCUCAACUUUGCUGGCAGCUUCCACGAGGCCUGGGGCCUGCCUCUGCAGCUGGCCAUCACUCUGUACCUGCUCUACCAGCAGGUGGGCAUGGCCUUCCUGGCGGGGCUGGUCUUGGCACUGCUGCUGGUACCUGUCAACAAAGUGAUUGCCACCCGAAUCAUGGCCAGCAACCAGGAGAUGCUACGGCACAAGGAUGCACGGGUUAAGCUCAUGACAGAGCUACUGAGUGGCAUUCGAGUCAUCAAAUUCUUCAGGUGGGAGCAGGCUCUGGGGGACCGAGUGAAGGCUUACCGGACUAAAGAGCUGGGACGGCUCCGCAUCAUCAAAUACCUGGAUGCUGCCUGUGUGUACCUCUGGGCUGCCCUGCCAGUGGUCAUCUGCAUCGCCAUCUUCAUCACCUACGUCCUCCUGGGGCACCAACUCACUGCCACCAAGGUGUUUACAGCACUGGCACUUGUCCACAUGCUCAUUCUUCCUCUCAACAACUUCCCCUGGGUGAUCAAUGGUCUCUUGGAAUCCAAAGUAUCCCUGGACCGGAUCCAGCGUUUCCUCGACCUUCCAGGCUACAGCCCUGAGGCCUAUUACAGCCCUGACCCCCCCACAGAGCCCUCCACAGCACUGGAGCUGCACGAAGCCCUGUUCUCCUGGGACCCAACUGGAGCAAGCCAGAAGACCUUCAUCAGUCACCUCCAAGUGAAAAAGGGUAUGCUGGUGGGCAUCGUGGGAAAGGUGGGCUGUGGGAAGAGUUCGCUGCUGGCUGCCAUCACUGGGGAGCUCCACAGGCUGUGCGGGUGGGUGGCAGUGUCAGAACUGUCCAAAGGCUUUGGACUGGCCACCCAGGAGCCCUGGAUCCAGUGUGCCACCAUCCGAGACAACAUCCUCUUUGGGAAGACAUUUGAUGCCCAGCUGUACAGGGAGGUUGUGGAGGCCUGCGCCCUCAAUGAUGAUCUAAGCAUCCUGCCUGCUGGAGACCAGACAGAGGUUGGAGAGAAAGGUGUGACCCUCAGCGGGGGACAGAGGGCCCGGAUUGCACUUGCCCGUGCUGUCUACCAGGAGAAAGCACUCUAUCUCCUCGACGACCCUCUGGCUGCUGUGGAUGCAGAUGUGGCCAACCACCUGUUACACAGGUGCAUCCUGGGAGUGCUGAGCCACACCACCCGGCUCCUAUGCACCCACCGCACCGAAUACCUGGAAAGGGCUGAUGUGGUGCUGUUGAUGGAAGCCGGGCAACUGGUCCGAACAGGGCCCCCCUCUGAGAUUCUGCCGUUGGUACAAGCUGUCCCCACAGCCUGGGCUGAGAAGGAACAAGUGGCUAACUCAGGCCAGUCCCAGUCUGUAUGCGACCUGGAGAGAACCACGGAGGAGCAGCUGGAGGCGGAGCAGAGCACAUGCGGCCGCCUCGUGCAGGAGGAGAGCAAAAGCGAGGGCGCGGUAGCCCUGCACGUCUACCGAGCAUACUGGAGGGCCAUGGGCAGUGGCCUGGCCACUGCCAUCCUCAUCUCUCUGCUCCUCAUGCAAGCCACGCGCAACGGUGCUGAUUGGUGGCUCGCUCACUGGCUGUCUCAGCUGAAGGCCAGCAGAAAUGGCUCCGGGGAAGGUCCAGCUUCCUCCAGCCCAGGCUCCACAGCUUUCUUCUCUCCACGGCUGCUUAUCUUCUCCCCUGGAAGCCUCUACACCCCACUGCUCAGCACCCCACUGCCCAAGGCUGCUUCCAAUGGCUCCGCAGACGUCCACUUCUACCUCAUCGUGUACGCAACCAUUGCGGGGGUGAACUCCCUCUGCACCCUUCUCCGGGCUGUGCUGUUUGCAGCAGGAGCCCUUCAAGCAGCUGCCAGCCUACACCACCGCCUACUGCAUCGACUCCUCAUGGCACCGGUGACUUUCUAUGACUCCACACCCUCCGGCCGGGUCUUGAACCGCUUCUCCUCAGAUGUAGCCUGUGUAGACGACAGCCUGCCCUUCCUCCUCAACAUCCUGCUGGCCAAUUCCGUGGGCCUGCUGGGCCUCCUGGCUGUUCUAGGUUCUGGUCUGCCCUGGCUGCUGCUCCUGCUACCGCCUCUGAGCUUCGUCUACUACAGCGUGCAGGGCCACUACAGGGCUUCCUUCCGGGAGCUGCGGCGCCUGAGCAGCCUCACCUGGUCCCCGCUCUACUCCCAUCUGGCUGACACCCUGGCGGGCCUCCCCGUGCUCCGGGCCGCAGGGGCCACUUACAGGUUUGAGGAGGAGAACCAGCGACUCUUGGAGCUGAACCAGAGGUGCCAGUUUGCUUCCUAUGCCACGAUGCAGUGGUUGGACAUUCGACUGCAGCUCAUGGGGGCAGCAGUGGUCAGCGCCAUUGCGGGCAUUGCCCUGGUGCAGCACCAGCAGGGCCUUGCCAACCCAGGGCUGGUGGGCCUCGUGCUUUCUUAUGCCCUGUCUCUGACGGGCCUGCUCUCGGGCCUGGUGAGCAGCUUUACACAGACGGAAGCCAUGAUGGUGAGCGUUGAGCGACUGGAGGAGUAUUCCUGUGACAUUCCCCAGGAGCCCCAGGGCCAGCCACUACAGUCACCCCACCAGCAGCGCAUCAUCUGGCUGACCCAGGGAAGCGUGGAGUUCCAGGACGUGGUGCUGGUGUACCGGCCAGGGCUGCCCAAUGCCCUAGAUGGGGUGACCUUCCGUGUGGAGCCUGGGGAGAAGCUGGGCAUCGUGGGCCGCACAGGCUCCGGCAAGUCUUCCCUGUUUCUGGUGCUCUUCCGGCUGCUGGAGCCCAGCGCAGGGCGAGUGCUCCUGGACGAUGUGGACACCAGCCAGCUGGAGCUGGCCGAGCUCAGAUCCCAGCUGGCUGUCAUCCCUCAGGAACCUUUCCUGUUCAGUGGGACGAUUCGGGAGAACCUGGACCCCCAGGGUCUACACGAGGACAGGGCCCUGUGGCAAGCCUUAGAACAGUGUCACCUGAGUGAGGUGGCCGUCGCCAUGGGUGGCCUGGAUGGAGAGCUGGGAGAAAGGGGCCGGAACCUGUCCCUAGGACAGAGACAGCUACUGUGUCUGGCCAGGGCUCUUCUUACAGAUGCUAAAAUCUUGUGCAUUGACGAGGCCACAGCAAGUGUGGACCAGGUGACAGACCAGCUGCUCCAGCAAACCAUCAGUAAACGCUUUGCCAACAAGACAGUGCUGACCAUUGCCCACAGGCUCAACACCAUCCUCAACUCUGACCGGGUGCUGGUGCUCCAAGCAGGCAGGGUGGUGGAAUUGGACUCCCCCUCAGCCCUGCGCAACCGGCCCCACUCCCUGUUCCAGCAACUCCUGCACAGCAGCCAGCAGGGAGCCCACUCUCAUCCUUCAGGGUCCUGAGCCGAGCCUCCUCCCCUGGGGUGCAUGUUCCUUCCUGCCCGCCAGGGCUGCUGGUUCUCCUCUGUGCUUCUACCUCUUCUCCACGCGCUCAGAGGGGUCACAGCACCCUGGCUUCCUCAUGAAAACCACUCCUGGGGGACUUCCCCAGAACCAGCCCACGUGGGCCCUUUUACUCAGAAUUCGGGUCCGGUUUCCCUUCCACAGAAGCCCACUUGCAUUUUCAUAAUUUUAUUUGAUAAAAUUCCUAUCUUACA